UCCACAUGAUGCUCUCUUGCCCAACGGGGCUCAAAGUGGGGAGGCCCUUGGCCACACUCCUACGAAGGGUAAGAGAGGCCCAGUGACUGCUAUGUUAGUUGUGGAGGCCCUGGGUCUUCCUGACGGGGCAGUCAUGUCCAGUGUAAUGCCAGCCUCUAAGACUUCCUGCAAAAGUCCCGACCCGUGUCCACUGGCUGUCCCCUUGGAUUCCCUGCCUUUGACAUCCUCCUCCAGAUUAUCAGAGGAAGUCUCUGGAGAAGAUCAAGAUCUUGGUUUUGCUAUGGUGCCCAAGGCCAUCACUGGCGAUGACGAUGCUUAUCUUUCAGAUGUUGCCGAGGAACUGGAGUCUGCUGCGGGCAAAGGUGUUGUGGUUGCCUCCGGUGCCAACAGGGGAGAGAUGCUGGGAUCUCCUGCUGGGCCCCAAGGGCUCUCCUCCACGAACCAGCCCUGUGGCCAGGCCGACCUGGAUUUCCCACUCGCCAACUCUUCUUCAAAGGGGCCUGUGGCCAGAGGAGCCAGUUUGGACCCCGAGAAGGCGUCUGAGUCAAGUAAGAGACCCUUGAAACACCGUAGAAACAGGUCCAGAGCUGCAGAAAAGCCAAAGAGGGGGAUGUUGUCCUCUGCCCAGGAGUGGGGCAGGAAUGGAGGAUCCAGAGCGGACGAUGUGGGAGGUCAGGAACCAGGCCGAGUAAGCAAAAGCAGAGAGGAGGAAGAGCGGACAUUGCCGCGUCUGCCAAAUGGCGUGAAGCUUGUCUGUUACUUAGGGUCUGGGUCGUCAGUCAGACUCCUGGGGGCAGUCAGCCAAGCUUGGGAACCCAAACAGCCCCCACAGUUGGAAGAACUGGAGGACCUCUCGAUAGCCAGCUCAGAGACACCUUCCCAGGGAUCCCAGCUUUCCUCCGCUCGGGCCAGGGGUUCACACCAGGAAAAAGCGCUAGCUCCAAAGGCAACCAAAGAUGUCUCUGGCGAAGGGGAGAAGAAGCCCCCCCAGGUGGGCAAAGCCUCUGCACCCACGCCUGUGGAGAAGCCGCAGACCCCAGCUGAGCCCAAGGUGAGGGAGCAGAAGAAGCGACCGCCCAAGGAGAAGCCGCUGCCCGGGCCAGGCCCCCCCCUGCAGCUCUCGGGGGAGCAGGUGCGCAGCGCCGUGGCCGACUCCCUCAGGGAGGUGCUCUUGAAACGGCUGCAGGAGCCUGCCAACCUGACUGUGGGCGAGGAGGCCGUGAGGGGCAUUGCUGCCAACAUCGAGGCCGCCAUCUUUGACCUCAUGCAAUGCACAGACUACCGCUACAAGACCAAAUACCGAAGCCUGGUGUUCAACCUGAGGGAUCCCAGGAACAAGGACCUGUUCCUCCAGGUGAUCCGCGGAGACAUCACCCCUCAGGGCCUGGUUCGGAUGAGUGCCACAGAGCUGGCUUCCCAAGAGCUGGCCGAGUGGCGGGACCGGGAGGUGAAGCAUGGCUUGGAGAUCAUCGAGAAGCAGCAGCGGGAGGCUCCAAGCUGCCGGGUCACCAAGCUGACCCACAAAGGGGAGAUUGAGAUCCAUCCGGAUGUGGACCAGACCCUCACCUUGGAAGAUCUGACUGAGCCGGCCUCCCACAUGGACCUGAGCCUGCGCCACCAGCCCGGGGCCGCCGAGUCCCAGUCCGGCCGAGACACGACCGAGCAGCACGAGAGCCAUUUCCUGGACCCUGACUGCCGAGUCUGCAUGGGCUGGGAGGCCCCUCGAGGGGGCAGAGGCUUCAACGCACCCAGGAGCACCCCACCCUCCAGGAGCAAAGUCACCAGCACCCCCCAAAAGCUCCCCAGCCCCGUGUCCUUGCCACGAGUGGACACCCCCCUGCCCGGGAUGUCUAAAAGCAGAAGUGGCCCUUGGACGCAGCCGCAGGACAGGCCUGAGUUGGCCUUCUGCCCGAGGCAGGCUCUGAAGCCAAAGGCUUUGCAGGGCCGGCCACUGUGGGAAGGUGCCCUGGAAAUGUUCUCCAUCAAGCGGUUUGCCACGAAAGCCUUCCUGGUUCAUGGCUACAGUAGCCAGCUUAUCCAGACUUUGCCCAAGGUGAUCCGCUCAGCAGGCUGCGUGCUCCCCGAAGCCGUCUGGGAUUACUUGGACAGCAUCUGGCCCACGGAAGCCAAGGAUAUCAGUGUGGUCCGCCUGUGCCCCCUCGGAGCCCACGAUGCCCAGAACUACAACAUGCUCUACUCCUACCUCAACAACAAGCAGCGCUAUGGCAUGGCGGCCAGCGAGCACCUGGACAUGUUCCUGGUGCCCCUGCCAGCCUUCCAGCCCGUGCCCCCCAAGCUGCGCCCACUGGGAGGCCCAGGCCUGGAAGUCACUCACUGCAGCCUCGUGCUGGGACUGAUCCUGCCCAAGGCCCCCCCGGGCGAUCUCCGGCUCAACGGGGCCAGCCCCCUGCAGGAGAAGAAGCGCAAGACGGUCACCUUCAAGGAGACGGUGGAGACCAAGUGCUACUCGCCCGGGUUCCGGAGGCCGGCCCGGCUCUCCAAGCCCGGCCCGUCCUGGGCUCCCGGGGCCAGCCUGGAGGGCCCCUCGGCCUGGGACAGCGUUUCGGCCGAUCUCCUGGAAGAGGUGGCCGGGCACGUGGAGCAGGAGCAGCCCGUGGUGGGGAGGGGGCCCUACAGCCUCCCCUUCUGCUGCCAGCAGGAGGCGGCGGGCCCGCGCCCCGACGGCCCCUGCCCCCUGGGCAGCCUGCCCCCCCAGGAACCCUUGCCCGGCUGGGCCCAGCUCAGCGCGGGCGGAAGGAUCCCGAGUCAGCGAACCCAGCCCUUUUCUGACGGUGUGGGCCCCGGGCUGGUGCCUCUGGGGGCCCCGCUGCACCCCGAGUGCGGGGGCCUGGCCCCGGAGCUGGGGGCCCUGAGCCUCCUGCAGCUGGCCGGCCUGUUCCACUUCGGCAGCCCCCCCGCGGUGGCCCUGGCCCCGGCCCCGAGCCUGCUCUCCCACCCUCCGGCCGCUGACUGUUUCCACUUCCCCGAGCACACCGCCACCACCUGUCCCCACGCAGCCGCAGGGGCCGCGUGCCCGCCCCCCCAUCCCCCACUCCUCCCCACAGGGGAGGCCCUCACCCUCAUCCAGCACCUCGAGGCCCUGGUAAAGAUGAAUAGUCAGCUGCAGGCCUCCUUGCAGAUGGCUGCCCCGGACCCCUCCCUCCCUGGACCUGGGGCCGGGGGGGCCCCGGGGCCCGUGGGGAUGGAGCGCCCUGGGAGGGAGGCCGAGAGCCAGGAGUGCCCACCACCGCCCCUCUUCCUGACCCCCUUUUGUGGAUCUGAGCAGCCUCCUCCUGGCUAUUGAGUCCUCCCCCAGGGAAGCCCCUCCAGGCCUCUGUGGUCCUCCCCCCAGGUGUGAAGGGCUCAGGCCCCUCCUCGUGGCCUCUGGAGUGGAGGGGGCUGUGCCUUCCUCUCUCCCCCAAGUGGGCCUGAGCCACUUUUUAGGCCAGGGUGCCCCGGGGUGGGCACCCGUGCCCUCAUGUUGGCAUUUCCUGUUGUUCUGUUUUUGUUCAGGGUUCAAUAAACCUUUCAGUAUCUUC